AUGCUCAAGAGUAUGGAUAAUGAUCAAUUUUUGCAAGAAAUAUUGCAGAAAAACUACAGCCAACAUCUCCGACAGCUCAAAACCCCAAUAAAUAUGCCCAAAAAUCUCAAAAAUAAUGAAAAAAUCCAUAAAUCUUGCAAGUGUCUUGUAGAUUCAAUAAAUUUUGAAAUUGACAAAACAAUCAUCCGUUUCUACAAUAAAGAUUUCGAGACACAUAAAAAGGCUAGCUAUGUUCUAAGCCCUAAGCCAUCAAAAUUCUAUAAUGAUAAGUUCAAGACAUCUCGGCUUUUUGAGCCUUCCGAUAACUGCAAUUUUAAAUACAAAACAAAAAGCUUAAGUAACUUCAAUGCAAAUCCCUUGAAAUAUAAAUUAAAGCAGCUUUCUGUACAUUUACCUCCAAUAAUAAACAGUCCAAAAAUAAGAAAAACUAAAAGAAUUUCUCUUGGAAAUUCUUCGCCAAAGCUAAGCAAGUUAUUUGGCAGCAGAAGCGUGAAUUUGCAUAUUCAAGGAGAAAGUCAAAUACCAUUAUAUAUAAAUCAUGAUAAAAGUAAGCAGCUCUAUGAUUGCCUUUUUACUGAAGAUUAUAGUAAAAACCUUGAAGGGGAGCUAGAAGAAGAAAAUUUUGGAAAUUUAGAAGAAGAAAAUUUUGGAAAUUUAGAUGAAGAAAAUUUUGAAGAUUUAGAUAAAAAUAUUGCUGAAAUUUUUUAUCCUAAUACGAUAAAUAAAAAUAUUGAUACUGAUCAGCCACUAGCCUUUUUAUAUGUAAAAAUAUAUCGUUAGCCAGUAGAUAUGCAUAUAUUAAUUGUUAUCAGGUAUAA